AUGAACGCCGAUGGUUUUGAAAACUGGUUCAAAAAUGUUCUUGAAAAGCUCGAACCAAAUUCUGUGAUCGUGAUGGACAAUGCAAGCUACCAUUCUAGGCGCCAAGAACGUGUUCCGGUCACCAGUUGGAAAAAGCAAGCCAUCCAAGAUUGGCUUUCUUCAAAAGAACUAAUAUUUGAAGUUAAGGAGACGAAAUCAGAGUUACUAGAAAAAGUUAAAAAUGUAAAGGAAAGAUACCAAUCCUACGUGACCGACGAAAUGGUACCACUGCGAGCUCAAUCCGAUUGA